CAGUUCGACUUAAAAACAGUCAGAUCUACAUAAACAAAAGUUUUAAAAAUGAUAAAAUCACAUAUAUUGUCAAUAAACAAUAUUUUAAAAAUAAGACAGCAUAUUAAAGUGAAAUGUUGUGUAUCUAGGUAUUGUACAAAGGUAAGCAGAUAUCCAAAACGAAUAUUUUCGGGAAUACAACCUUCUGGGACAAUUCAUUUGGGUAAUUACUUAGGAGCAAUAAAACAAUGGGUCAAUUUUCAAGAUAGUAUGAAUCCUGGAGAAGAUAUAUUAUGCUGCAUAGUAGACAUGCAUGCAAUCACCUUACCACAGGACCCAAAAAUAUUGAGAGAAAAUAUAUUAACUAUGAUAGCAACCAUGUUAGCUUGUGGUAUAAAUACUGAUAAAACUAUAGUCUUUCAACAGUCUAGCAUAUCUAUGCAUGCUGAGCUAGCGUGGGUUCUUGGAUGUUGUACGACUUUACCUAAAUUAAGUCAGUUACCCCAAUAUAAAGACAAAAGCGAAAAAUUAAAAACUGUACCUUUAGGUUUAUUAACGUAUCCUAUUUUACAAGCGGCUGAUAUAUUACUUUAUAAAGCUACUCAUGUACCUAUUGGAGAAGACCAGCUACAACAUUUACAUUUAACUCAACAUAUUGUAAAUUAUUUUAAUGGAAAAUAUGGAAAGACAUUUCCCAUUCCUCAGCCACUUGUAGAUAGUUCAAGUGGUCGCAUAAAGUCUUUAAGAGAGCCUUUGAAAAAAAUGUCUAAAUCAAGUGAGUAUAAGAAAAGCUGCAUCAAUUUGACAGAUCCACCAGACGUAAUUAGACAAUAUAUAAAAAAGGCGGUUACGGAUAUGACAUCUAACAUUACUUAUGAUCCCCAAAAUCGACCCGGCGUAUCCAAUUUAAUUAAUAUACAUUCUUUAUUAACUGACAAAUCUCAUGAAGUUAUAUGUGAAGAAGCCAUUGGGUUGGAUACUGGCAAAUAUAAGUUGAUUGUAGCAGAUGUUGUUAUUGAGAAGUUAACACCAAUUCGUCAAGAAUAUUUCAAAUUGAUCAAUGAUCCUGCUUAUUUAUUGAAUGUCUUAAAUAAUGGAACAUUAAAGGCAUUACCAUUGGCAAAUCAGUGUUGGACAGAAGUUAAGCGGAAACUUGGAUUUAGUGGUGGAAUAUUAUCACUCAAAAAUUGGGAAAAAGAUAUGAAGAAAAGUGUUUUAUAAAUUAAUUGAAAAUUUUAUUAAUGUUUAGGAAUAAAUAAUUUACAAAAAUAA